GUGAAUAAUAAUUUUAAAAAUCGGAAAAGCCGGCUGCGGCCUUCCAAAGUUUUCUAACCGCUCCCGUGUAAUCUAGAUGUGACUUGUGAUAACCCUUACACCAGCAGUCACAUUACUGACGGAAACUAACACUGAUCGUAGCAACCGUUAACUAGUUUACAUUUUUCGGAUUUUCUUUCCAUCAACUAUCAUAAUACGUCAUGGAUCGUUUCAAUGUGAGCGCAUGCUUAGGGAAGGGUAUAACCUCGCCAAGAAAGAAAAUGUCAUUGACACAAUCCCUGAAGAAAAGCAAUUCAGUCAUAAGUACCUCGGGUCGUUCAAAUCAGUCUGUUCAAGUGAUUUGUAAGACUGCAUGCCAUGUUGUUGAAAGUUUCGGGUCUUCCUUGCCAGUCCUUGUCACAGAAGCACUAACAUUUAUUGAUCGAAACACUCCCGUCAGCGUAAGCGUUUCCUUGGAUGGUUGGGCGUGGUUGGUUUGUGGCCGUAGGCUACUUGUUUGGCAGUGUAAAACUACAAUACACGAUCCCAAACAAAGACGGACGUUCAAUAGCCAGUGUAGAGAGCUACUCCUUCCCCAGAGUGAUCUUGCUCACAGAGCAGACUGUAUUGCAGUUUGGUUGACUCCGGGGCAUCAGGUUCCCAGUUGCAUGGCUGUAUCUCCCGAGGGAGUAGUCCGCUACUGGUCCAGUGUGGCACAUGAAGGAUCAUCUGUGGAAACAAGUGCAGAAUUAGCUGGACAGGAGGUUGACUGUUUGACGCAUGUUCCAGGCCAUGGCUGUAUUUUAGCUACCACUACCUGUACAGUCGCACUCUUACAACCACAGUUCAGUGGUGGUAGGAACAGCAUUUCCUGCAGAGUUUUACGCACCAGUCAAGGCUGGCUAGGGGGCAUAGGCCGGAGAGUGUCAUCAUUAAUUUUUGGUGCAAUGCCUCAAUCUCCAGUGACUGAAACUAAGCUUGUAAAAGUCACCUGUACCUCUGUCAGUGAAUCAGCAUCACGAGUCCUAAUCCUAGCAGGAUCAUCACUGCAGUAUUGGUCCUUUCCUCACGGUGAGGCAGAAAAAAUGGAAUUCGAUGAAGAUAUAGGCCACACAGUUUCACAAACAUUCCAACAAAGAUUCUGGGAAUCAAGCGCGUGUAUGCCUCAGGGCUUGGUCACUUGGUUGAUCGAUAUGCAACCUUGUGAAGAUGGGAUAGUAGUUUUAAUGGCAGCCAGCUGUACAGAACUAUCACCUGUAGUUCAUUUUGCAAUUGGUUUGAUUCCGUUAACUGGUGUGACGCUUACUAAUUCACUGAAGUGGUUCAUGCCACUGAAACUUGGUCCUGCUAUCUACCAAGAUGACAUUGAUUCAACAAUAUUUUCAUACAGAUUUAUACUUUCCGGGUGGGAAGCUAUCAUCUACAAUCAACAGACAGUACUCGUGGCAAACACUAUGUCUGAACUUGAUCAAGAAAAAAUCGACUUAGUCAGAGGUGGAGAGGAUGAUAUUUUGGGCGGUGCAUCGUGCUCUGGCACUCCCGUACUCUUCACUAGAAACCUGGGACUCGUUACCAUCACACCAACAGACUUCAAUACUCCAGAUUUCAGCAUUUAUCCUGAAGCAAACGCAAGUAUGGAAUAUGGUGGCAAUAGUUUGGUAUUUGGGGGAGAUAAUUUUGCCUCUCAAAUAAGCAACGAUGAAUUGCGAGAGAUGACUUUUAGCGCAGAUGGAGCUGCACAGUUGAGUGCAGCAUUUGUGAUCAGUCUUCGACAGAAAAAGAGUCAAUGCCAAGAGAUUUUAUCUGACCUUUUUCCACUGCAGGAAGAACCUGUAAUGGACAUUGAUAGUAUAUUAGACACUCUAGUCUUAACAGUAGCUAAGAACCUGAUCGACGACUACCCAGCUAACGACCCUCGGUGGACGGAUCAUAGAGAUCUAUCUAUGACGAUGAACACCGUCACCUCCAUGCAAAUACCUCACCAGUUAGAAGGAAAACAGAAGGCUCUGGAUCUCUUUAUUGUGUUUCUGAAAGAAUUCAACUUAUGGAACAGGUUUUGUGCCGUUUCAUAUAGAGGAAUAAUCAUGGCAACGACACACGUCUUGGGCGAAUAUGCCGAGAAAAUAGUUGCAGCCAUAACUAUGUACAAUUUGCAAACCAGAAACGGUGAUAUUAUGGAUACUGUUAUGGGCCAAUGCUUGAACCCCGAAGCCCGCGUAUCAGAGGAAUUAACUACUCGAGAUAUAUUUUAUCGGGAAGUGAGUAACGUACACGUGUUCUUGCCAUUGCUCGUAGAGAGUGCUUGUGAAAUUAGUCAAUCCGAAAGAGUUACUAGUCAAGUAGCACAGUACAUUCUCCGAGUGAAUUCGUUACUACUGAGUGUUCUACACGAGGUUGUCAAAUACAGACAAAAUAACGCCGAAAGAUUUGUACCGGCGAGAUGUUCUACUGGAAUAACCGAAUACCUUCCUUGGACAGCAGCGACGGGUAAACAAGGAUUGCCAAACUGUCUGCAGACUAUGCAAAAUAUAACUUUAAAAUACGGCGUCACCGGCACGAAUGAGGGAGCAGUAAGGAAUGAGCUAUAUGAGCAGUUGGUCAGUCUGGUUGAUUUAAUCUUGGAUGGGAAAAAAUGUCAUUUGGAAAGUAUUCGUGGCACAGAAAAGUUUGAGGUACUUUUAAAACAAUACGAAAAUGAACGAACGAACCUCAUACAACCGCUUAUAAAAGAAGAACAGUUCGAACACGCAGCAGUGCUUGCUGAAAAGUAUUGUGAUUUUGGGUCGCUUAUUCAAAUCUGUGAGCUAACGAAUAACCAGAAUCGACUCGAUUCCUACAUGGAAAGGUUUGCUGGACAAGACUUUGUUGGAUUUUUAUUUUCAUGGUAUGUGAAAGACGGACGGCAGGGAAAGCUGGUCCAGCGUUGUAGACGAGGUGGCGCAGUUGAGCUAGCUGAAAAACUUUCUGAACAUCCUUCCCUGUCUUGGGUCCAAGCUGCUUUGUCGGAUGAAUUACGUCUUGCUUCAAACACGCUUCACUCAUUGGCUAUGGAGGAGGUGGAGUUAGUUACUCGCAAAAAGUCGAUGCUUUCGCUAUCGAAACUGGCUCUUCUUGCUGCCGGCGAACACGAAGAAGAGGUAGAGAAAUGUCUCCAGAAAAUUGAUAAUGAGUUAGAGUUGAUUGCUCACCAAGAGGAACUUCCAGCAUCUGUUUUAGCGAGCUAUGGCUACGAUAUUGACAAAUUACGAGUCCUCACUCCCUCUGAACUUAUCACCCUCUAUACGUGCGACGAGAAUGUAUUGGCAAAUGAAUACGACUUCAAAAAAGCUUUAGAUUUGCUCGAAUUUGUCGAGGUAAAAGAGGAUAAAAACUCGCUAAGAUUGAGAAUUUGGGCCCGAGCAGCUAGGAAAGAUCGUUGGGACACCGUUGGUAACAAUCCGGAGCAACAGGCGCAAAGUACUGUAUUUUUCAAGCUGGUUGACUUGGCACAUGUCAUGGGCGCUAAAGUUCAGGACUUCCUUCCACCGCUAGACACAGUAUUAACUGAACCAGAACUUGGCAACCUCGUAUCCUCUAGUAGUUUUCAAUUUCUCAUUAAAAUUGGAUACGAAUAUGUGAACCGUAAUUACCAAAUAACUAAUUAGCAGUGAUCUUUUCGAUUAUGCAAUACUAUUUUUGUAUUGAAAAAAAAAAAGAAAAAAUUUUGAUAAAAUAAAAUGGAAAACUAUA